AUGGAGGAAGAUCAGGCACCAGACGCCUCUUUCCAUCAAACCAUUCGCCUUCAGACCACAACCCUCCCGGCCUUUCCGACAUACACUGCGCCGUCCACUCUUUCACCAUCUUUCAAGGUAGACGAAGGCUACUCAGACGAUACUCGCAGCCAGUCAGACAAAGAGCCACCUACAGAAAAUGCCAUGAUGAUUCCAGAAUGGGUGCUUGCCCAACGAGAGUCCGAUAGAGCUGAACUUGCAUACAGUCUCCUGCGAUCGCUUUCAACUUCCACGAUUGCUGGUGUCGUAGAACGUCUCACUCCACUACUGCACAUGGACCCCGUCGUCAAGCUACCGCCAGAAUUAACAUUCGAGAUAUUUUCCUAUCUUGACGCGCCCACCCUUUUGAAUGCGACCCUUGCAUCCCGUUCCUGGCGUAACCGAAUCCUCGAUUCUGGCCUCUGGAGGGUGCUCUACAUCAAUGAAGGUUGGCGGGCAGAUACACGUGCGAUUCAAAAUUUCGAGCAAGAACAUUCAGAGGCAUUAUCUCCUCAAAGCCGCAAAUCACGCCCAAGAUACUCGGAAAUUGAUAUUGGAGAGCCAAAGCAUAAAAAGCGCGUUCUAGAAACAUGGCUUGCAUCAAGGCGUGCUAAUGGCCUAAUUCCCAAGAAUAACAGCGGCCGCCUCCAUGCUGAAGCCGAUAACGAGGGAGACCACCAUAUGACUGAUGUAACCGGCUUUUCCUCUCUGCCCUUCAACGAAAUGGAUAUAAUACAACCUACCUCCUCUCAUCAUUUCAUAUCCAACCUAAUACCACCACUGUAUUCAUCUUUACUUGUUCGACGCUCGAAUGGAACAGCAAAGAUCAAUUGGGUCCACCUGUACAAGCAACGUCGCCGACUCGAAGCGAAUUGGCAUCGAGGUCGAUUUAAGAAUUUCCAGCUACCCCAUCCAUCAUACCCAGAGGAAGCCCAUCGAGAGUGUGUCUACGCUAUCGAGUUCCAAGGGAAAUGGCUGGUUAGCGGGAGUCGUGAUAAGACUGUUCGCAUCUGGGAUUUGGAAACCAAGCGAUUGUGGCACAAGCCACUGGUUGGACAUGCCAAAUCAGUGCUAUGCCUUCAAUUUGAUCCGACCCCCGAAGAGGACAUUGUCAUUUCCGGCAGUAGUGACCGCUCUAUAAUCGCUUGGAGAUUUUCCACGGGCGAAAUGAUCCACCAAAUCACGAAUGCGCACACUGAUUCCGUUUUGAAUCUCAAAUUCGAUAGUCGUUUUUUGGUAACAUGUUCGAAGGACCGGACUGUCAAAGUUUGGAAUCGCCAAGAACUCUCAGUGACUGAUGAGAACUACCCCCGUAUCUGCAGGGGUGGCGGUGCUACCUAUCCUUCAUACAUUGUUGAUCUCAAUGAAAUGGCACCAAAUAUUUUGGAAGCUAGCUUGGCAAAUGGCCAUUUCAAACCAUUAGAACCUUAUUCGCGUCUGAUGACAAUUGAGGGCCAUGGCGCAGCCGUGAAUGCCAUGCAACUUCAUGGUGAUGAGAUAGUUACAGCUUCGGGGGAUCGUAUGAUCAAAGUUUGGAACGUUCGUACAGGUGCAUGUUUGAAGACGUUGAUGGGCCAUGAGAAGGGGAUUGCAUGCGUCCAAUCUGAUAGCCGAAGAAUCAUAAGUGGGAGCAACGACAACACUGUCCGAAUUUAUGACCACAUUACUGGGGCUGAAGUCGCAGUUCUUCGAGGACAUCAGAACCUAGUCCGUACUGUCCAAGCAGGGUUUGGUGAUCCUCCGGGCGCCGAUGAGGAUUUGCGGCGAGAGGCGUUGGAAGUGGAAAACGCAUUCUGGAAAGCACAUCAAGAUGGCGACCCUGUUGACCUAGGUCCCCGGGCCUUACGGCGUUCCGGCUACACGUCAAAUACCGCCGGGUCUCGCGAUCCCCGUGAUAUUUCUGCCCUGGGAGCAAAGAUCCCGCCAGGCGGUGGAGGUAGUGUUUGGGGCCGUAUUGUAUCCGGGUCCUACGAUGAAUCUAUAUUGAUAUGGCACAAAGAUCGGGACGGGGCCUGGACCAUCGGUCAUAAGCUACGCCAAGCCGAUGCCAUUGCAAAUGCCGCGCGUGCCACUCUAACACCAGCCGCACGAGCCGCUGUCUCAGCACAAGUCCAGCAAUUGCAGGCAGCACAAGUUCUCAUGACUUUACCUGCGGCUCAAGCUCCUGCAGGUACUUCAGCACCGGGCCCAGCUGCUGUUCCCGACUUUGCACCCAUUCUUGGUACACCUACACCGAGUACCGAAGUUGUCUCGGAACAGGACGACAUGAGCGACGGCAUGCCCCCUCCUCCUCUUCCCGCCAAUGUCAAUCCAGCUCCUAUCGGGCUUGCACAACAAAAUAAUACGCAGCAGCAGCCCCAAGAACUUCAACAGCCCCAACGUCCUCAAAUCAACCCACAAGCCCUACAACAAAUCAUGGCCCACCAUCAUCACCAUCACCAUGCACGUCCCCGUGUUCAACCUACUCCACCCACUUCGAGGGUCUUCAAAGUACAAUUCGAUUCUCGCAAGAUAGUCUGUGCAAGCGUGGAUCCACGUAUUGUGGGUUGGGAUUUCGCCAACGACGACGAAGAUAUCAUCGACGCCUGCCCCUUCUUCGAAGGACUUUGA